GUAACUCAAGGAAACAUUGGCCAAAGAACUGCAGACUCUGCACAAUUUGAGGAAGCUCUUUGUCCAGGACCUGGCUACCCGGGUGAAAAAGAGCGCUGAGAUGGACUCCGACGACACAGGUGGGAGUGCAGCACAGAAACAGAAAAUCUCCUUUCUUGAGAACAACCUUGAGCAGCUCACCAAAGUUCACAAACAGCUGGUUCGUGACAAUGCAGACCUUCGCUGUGAACUUCCAAAACUGGAAAAACGUCUUCGUGCUACAGCUGAGCGGGUCAAGGCCCUGGAGUCUGCUCUGAAGGAGGCCAAGGAGAACGCCGCGCGCGACCGCAAGCGCUACCAGCAGGAGGUGGACCGCAUCAAGGAGGCCGUCAGGGCCAAGAACAUGGCGAGGAGGGGGCACUCGGCCCAGAUCGCUAAGCCCAUCCGGCCCGGGCAGCAGCCGGUGGCGUCGCCCACCCAUCUCAACAUCAACCGCAGCGGGGGGGGCUUCUACCAGAACAGCCAGACCGUGUCCAUCCGGGGGGGCAGCGGCACCAGCGUCAGCAAACCAGAGAAGAACUGAAGAGCAGCGGGACAGUAGGAGGACACCACUGAAGAAGAAAAAGCCAAUAUCACCCCCCCCCUCCUCAACCUGUCAUUCCAUUACAGCGAUCAGUCUCCUCGUCGCUGCUUUGGAGCCACGAAGGAGUUUCUGAAUUAUAAAUAUAUAUAUAUAAAUAUUCCUGGCCUGUACAGCUCCACCCCCUCCCCCCAAAUCUCAUCAUG